AUGAUCGUUCAGAGGCUGUUCAAGUUCUUCUCUGUCGUUCAGUCUGCAACCUCAGUGCAUUUGCAGAGGAACGUUGGUGUCACAGCAGUGGCAUUUAAUAAGGAACUUGAUCUUUUACAGGAGUUCUUUGUGGACAAGAUUAGAGAAUACAAAUCUAAGGGAUGGGUUUCUGGAGGACCUUUUGAGAUUGGCCCGGAGUAUCAGCAAGCGCUCGAGAGGGAGCUUUUUAAGUUUAAGCAAAUAUACGGUAAAGCAAAGAUGACUGUGUUCCCUAACUUUAUAUUUGAAGAUCCUGAUUUUGAAAUGAUGGGAAAACACCAGUCUUGA